AGGAAGAUUCUGUAGUGUAAAAUAAAAAACACAAAGCACUUUUGAACAUUUUGCUAAUAUAUUUAUUUGUUUGUACGCUGCCAUGGUGAAAUUAAGAGCAAGGUGCCUUCUUGUAGGAGAUGCAGCAGUGGGGAAAAGUGCUCUCUCUCAGAUGUUCCGUAGUGAUGGAGCACACUUCCAGAAGAACUACAGUAUGACGGCUGGAGUGGAACUGGUUGUGAAGUCAGUGAACAUCCCAGAGACCAGCGACAGUGUGGAACUGUACAUCUUUGACUCUGCCGGGAGGGAAACCUUUGUUGAAGCAUGUGAGAAGUUGUGGGGCCAGCCGUCUGUGUUGUGUCUGGUGUUUGACGUGAGCAGUGAGCUGUCAUUCAGUAGCUGUGGCCGCUGGCUGGAGAGGGUCAGGGCCCACUGCCAGGGUCUGCACAUCCCAGGUGUGUUGGUGGGUAACAAGUCGGACCUGUCCUCGCGGAGGGAGGUGGAGACCUCGGUGGCCCAGGAGUGGGCCCAAAGCCAGGGGCUGCAGUACCACGAGACGUCCGCUAAGGAGAUGGAGAACUGUGAAGCUCCCUUUCUGAGUCUAGCCCAGCUGUUCCACGCUCUCUACCAAGACAGACUACAGACCAUACAGAACCUGGCCUAACAUUCUAGAACCUGGCCUAACAUUCUAGAACCUGGCCUAACAUUCUAGAACCUGGCCUAACAUUCUAGAACCUGGCCUAACAUUCUAGAACCUGGCCUGACAAUCUUGAACCUGAACAUUCUAGAACCUGGCCUGACAAUCUUGAACCUGAACAUUCUAGAACCUGGCCUAACAUUCUAGAACCUGGCCUAACAAUCUUGAACCUGAACAUUCUAGAACAUGGCCUAACAUUCUAGAAUCUGACCUGACAAUCUUGAACCUGAACAUUGUAGAAUCUGGCCUACCAUUGUAGAACCUGCAGAAUCUGGCCUAACACAUAUAAAUAUCUAUUACAUUGUAUAUAUUCUGUUUCUAUGGCCUCUAGAAAGGAUAUAUGGAUUAUAUUUCUAUGGAUUCUAGGACCUAGAACCAAUGUUCUAGAACUUGGACCAACACUCCCGAAGUGAAAAAUACUGCCUCUGACAGUGACAAAUCCACCUUACAUUGGGGUGGAGAUUAAGAUGAAACUGUUAUCUAUUUACUACAAUAAUUAAUGUUAUGUAUAUUCUUCACCUUGUCUGAGUUAUGCAGGAGAACAUGAUAACUUGUAUUAAAGUUUGUGAUUUCUGUA